AUGGUUUGCGAAAUUUGUGCUUGCGACACUUCUGUCGACUCGGUCAUGUGGACGUGUGCAGGUUGCCCAAGAAUGUUCCACGCUACCUGCAUUGGGCUCAACCCUAACAUUAGCAUCAACGACGUCAUUCGGGUCGGUGGACGACUCGAAAACUCCAAGGUCUCUGACGAUACCAAACACCCAAUCAUCAUUUCCGGCAAGCAUCCGCUGGCCACGCUGCUGGCCAACCAUUACCAUCGAUCGCUACUGCAUGCUGGACCACAGCUGAUGAUGUGCACCAUUCGCCAGAAAUUCUGGAUUCUUGGCGGUCGGGAUCUCCUUCGUCAGGUGUACCACCAAUGUCACACCUGCUUCCGACGAAAGUCAGUCCUUGUGCAACAAACAACCGCCGAUUUACCAACCUCACGAGUAACUCGAUCCCAUCCGUUCUCUGUAUCGGGAGUAGACUACUGCGGUCCGAUCUACCUGAAGGGAGCACACCGCAAGGCAGGACCGGUGAAGGCAUACAUCGCCAUUUUUGUAUGUUUCUCCACCCGAGCGGUCCACAUAGAACUUGUCCACGAACUUUCGACGGCAGCAUUCCUUGCUGCACUCCGAAGAUUUGUUGCUCGUCGUGGUAUGGUCUCAGAGUUGCAUUCGGAUAACGCGACCAACUACAAGGGAGCUGCAAACGAGCUCAACCAAGUGUACCGAAUGCUCAAGACAAACGAACAAGACCGCAAGCUCAUCUUCAACUGGUGCACCAAUAGCAACAUCGAAUGGAACUAG